AUGAGCUCUUCAGUAGCUGCAGUUGAAUCUGAGAGUGAGGCUGCCGCAGCCCAGAAAGACUACAAGAUUGUCCAGAGUGUGCACAACUUCGAAGAAAUUCAGGCGAAGCGUCCGGAUUUCGAUCAUUCAAAGCCUAUUGAAGUGACAAAGUCUCCUUACCCGCAAUGGGAGUACGGCCAGGGAGUCCCUAACAACGGGGCAAGUCUAGCCCAGAAGCACCACGAAAUCGAUCCAUACGCGCCCGACCGGCCUAUGAUCAAUAACUACCGUCUGCUCGUCUCUGGUGUCGCACCACGGCCUGUGGGAUUCAUUAGCACUAUCAGCUCCGAAGGAAAGAAGAAUCUAUCCCCGUUCAGCUAUUUCCAGGUUAUCGAUCAUGAUCCCCCAAUGUUUAUUGUUGGGUUUUCUUCCCGCCCUGGACGCGUUAAAGAUACAUAUCAUAAUCUGAAAGAAACUGGCGAAUGCGUUAUCAACACCGUAUCGGAGAAUAUGAUUGAAGCCGUUAAUGCGAGCUCUAUCGACGCACCCUAUGGAGUGUCAGAAUGGGAUAUCGCAGGUCUCCACGAAGCACCUUCAACUACAGUGAAACCCUCCCGCGUCGCCGAGUCUAUCUUCAAUAUCGAGGGCAAAGUAGUCGAUAUCAAAGAGUUCACGGAUCAUCAAAAGCCUGGAAUGAGUAUCGCGGCAAAUGUUUUGAUCAAAGCGACUCGAUUCUGGGUGAAGGAUGGGGCUGCAGAUGCAGAUUACAGCCAUAUCGACUUGGAGAAACUACGGCCUGUUGGACAGCUUGGCGGUAUUUCUUACGGGCGUGUUGUAUCGACAUUUGAGAGACCACGGGGUAAAUGGGAUGUCGAGGUGCCUAAAAGUGAGCACUUGGCAAAGCUGGAUGCUUCAAAGUCUAGCAUGAAGUAG